AUGGAAGAAAAGAUUGAACAAAAACCAAAUGGAUUAAAUGAUUCAUCUACACGAUUAAAAUCAUUAAAUACAAAAAAUUUAUCAGCAACAAAUAAUAUAAAUGAUGAUGUUGAUGAUGAAGUCGAUGAUCAUUCAAAUCAAAUAGCUGAAUUAAAUAAUCGAAUUAAAAAUGAUUUUAUAUCAUACUGUUUAUCAUUUUUACAAGAAGAUGACGAAGCUCGAGAAUGUGUUCAAAUUGUAUGGAAUAAAUACUUACAAUGUGUUGGUGAUGUUGCUAUGGUAAGUUGA